AUGAAUAUACAUUAUAUUAAGCUUCUUGUGAAUGAUAUCCAAAAUAGUUUUUUUGCUUGGACGUCGGUACUCGGUAGUCCUAUACUGAAAUGUCAGACGCAACCAACGACCACAGUAAAAUCCCCCCACCGCCGCACUCCAAUUGAGGUCUUGGCACUAAAGCACCAUACAUCCAAGCUCUUGGAUUUUUCAGACCUCCGAUCAUUAACGACUUUCGGAUUUAGAGUGGAGGCACUGAGUUCACUUUGUUCAUUAGGGGAGUUGACUGUGGAGACACAGAUAAUUGAUGACACUGUUGCAACGCACCUGACAUUUAAUCCUAUGGGUGUUAUGACAGCUGAGAGGAAAACUGCUCGUCAAGACAUGGUGGCAACAACAUUACUUGGCGUUAGUCAUAGCAUUUGUUGUAGUGGUUCUAAUUGGACUGCUGGCAUUUGGGGGGUGGUUUAUUUGGAGGAGGAACCAAAAACUGGGCCGAAGUCUCGUACAAGCCCGUUGAUUCAGUUGUAGCCGAGCAGGAACUCCAGACUUUGCAGAACUAGAGAAGUGAAUUUUUGGUUUGAUACUCAGCUUGUACCUCCGAUUCAUUUUGCUCCAUUAGCAACGAGAUUCAUUUUAAAGGCGAAAUUGUAGCUUAGAAAUUUAAGGUGGCAAAACCCAUGUAAUGAUCAUGCCAUUUUGUGGCCAUGUCUGUGUAUGGCAGAAUUUCAUUUCAGCAACCUCUGCCAUGAAAGUGAAUUCUUGCUUUCAUAAAUUUAGAAUGUUUAGUCACAUGAACAUUUUAUAUAGGAUCACAGCAUCAAUGAAUAAGUAAACAUUUCUUGUGUAUGCUUUUUGAUUAAA